UAUUCCUUGUGACGAUGCAGCCAUGGCUUGUCUCGGUGGUGGUUGUGGCGAUCGUCACCAUGACAUCUCUGUUCCUUGGGAGCUUUGACUCUUUAGAGUAUCAGGAGUUUGGCCUCAACUGCAAUUACCUCAGCGAAAGUGUUGAGAAGGAGCCUUACAGUGCCGGCCGAUACUACUUGGGCAUCACCAACAGCUUUAUCAAGUUCCCCCGAACCGUAAAGUCCAUCUCGUUUCUUGAAGAUUGGACGGAGGGAAGGCAAGGGCCUGCCUUGCAAAGCCGCACGAAGGAUGGUCUGACAGUUCAUUUGGAAGUCUCAUUUCAGUACCAGUUGAUGUUUGACCAGCUGUACACCUUGUGGUCUACACUUGGGGAAGACUAUGAGAAGACCUUCGUACGAAUGGCCAUUGAGCAGUUGUCAACAGCAACCACGCAUCACAAUGCCCAUUUUUUCUUCAGGAAUCGAACCUUCGUCAGUAAGGAGAUGCAUCGGAAACUCGACGAGCACUUCAAGCAGCAUGCCUUUGCAGAGGUGCCCUUCUUUCAACUUCGGACUGUUCACCUGCCAGACGCAUUUGAAGACGCCAUUCGCGAGACGCAGGUGCAGGAGCAGCACAUUCAAAUCGCACGGCUGGAGCAGGAGACGAAAAAGGUCACCUUUGCAACGGAAGUGCUAAAGGCCCAGCAGGCAGUGCAGAAGCUGCAAAAUGAGGCAGAGGGAGAAGCACAGGCCAUUGCAAAGAAGAACGACGCCUUUUGUUCCAUGGCCUGGCCAUGGCUGUUCAACCUCUUCAUCUCUGACCGGCUUUUCAUUGCCGUUCUUGCUUUUUUUGGAGACUUUGCCAUCGGUUUUGAAUGUUUGAAUGGUUUUGACAUCAAAUCUGUCACUUAGUUGAUCUCAUUCCGUAGCCGGACGUCAUGGGAUGUUUGAGGUGAGCAAUACAAACUUACACAGCAGUUGCAAGUGCAUGGGCUACAGUCUGUGGUUUCGAAGACAUUUUGGAACGGCUUUGAGCUCCUGAACUACUUGAGCAUCCGGGCCGUGCGAGAUCAUCCUUCCGCCAAGACUAUGAUCAGCAUUUGAUCACCAUACUGAAAACCCUUCGGAUCCUUCGGCCUUGUGGCAACGCAGAGUACAGAGCAGAAAUUUCAAUAUUUUCAAUGCAUUUCAAUGCCCUGAAGAUUUCCAACAUUAUUUCGUGUUGAAGCUGAGAACCAACGUACAGCUGAAAGUUGGGCUGUGUCUUUUCAGCGUCAGAGGCAGCUCAAAGAAGCUUGCUGAAAAUGUCGUACUAUAUGGUACUCGAAGACGCGUUCAAUCAUGUCUGUGCAAUAUUGCGCGAUGUGUGUUCGAAAUUUUAUCUGUAUGUGCAUAGCGUACAAGCUUGCUCGUGCCAUGGGUGGGAAAA